AUGUCAACAUUGACACUACCUGCCCCCUUUGCAACUCUUUUCCUGAAACUUCAAUCCACCUCUUCACCAGUUGCAGCUUCGUACAAAGCUGCUGGAGAAAAGCUUUCAGAUCAGAAUGAUCUUAUUUGGAACAAAAUUUCUCCUUCUGUAGACAAAGUCAUCUCCUCUGCAAAACUCAACCUUGAACAAUGGAAAUUUGCUCAAAAUAUGUCUCUCCGCCCACUAUCCUCUCCAAACGAUAGUGAAGGACUUGAGCAAUGGACCAAACCAAGUCAUACUCAACUCAAGGUUAAUGUAGACGGUGCUACCUUUGUUCAACAGAACCACUUCGGCUUUGGUUUUAUAGCCAGAGAUCACGAUGGAAUCCUUAUUGAAGCCUUACAAUCUUGCAAACCAGGUGCUAUUGAUGCUGAACUUGCUGAAGCAAUUGGUGUCAAAGAAGCUCUUAGCUGGAUCAAAAGAAAAGGCUGGCAUAAUGUUAUUGUUGAAACUGACUGCAUUAAUGUUGUCCAUGCUCUGCGAAUUAAAGUCCAUAUGAUCUCUCCAUAUGGCUCCAUUAUUAAUGAGUCUAAGCUAUUGUUAUCUGUUCUUAAUAAUGUUUAUGUUAUUUUCGUUAAACGAUCUGCGAAUAAGGUUGCCCAUUUCCUUGCAAGGGACUCUUAUUCUAAAGCUGAUUGUAUUAUUAGUAGGGAUUCCAUUCCUACUAUGUUAAUGUCCUUGAUUUUGAAGGACAGUUGA